AUGGAGAAACGACAAAAGGUGCUUGAUGUCCUUGUGCAAGUCAACACAAGCGCAGAAGACCAAAAAGGAGGAUUGUCGGUAGAGGAUGCACCUGAUCUUGCUUGUUAUAUAGCAGAUAGCUGUUCUAGCUUACGUUUUGCUGGAUUUAUGACUAUUGGCUCAUUUGAUAACAGCCAUGUUGUGCCGAAUCCUGAUUUCGAUCAUCUGUAUCAAGUCAGAGAAGCAUGGGCAAAGAGAUCGUCGCGAUCCCCUGAUGAGGUCGAACUUUCCAUGGGUAUGUCCGACGACUUCGAAACAGCCAUUGCACAGGGAAGCACAAGCGUACGUGUUGGCAGCAAAAUAUUUGGGCCAAGAUUGUACAAGUCCAACUGA